AGACAAGGAAGACUUUAGUUUUAGACCUUCACCGGUUUGUUAGCGGUGGUAUUGUUGUUCUAAGGUUAAGUUUCACAGUUUAACGAGAUCGUUAAAAAGAUAAAUGCUGAAAGCGGAGAAAAAGGAAGUAAUUGUAUACAGAUUAAGAUUCGAAUUCGGUAAAAAAAAACUAAAAUUAAUAGAUAAAAAUACCUACUAUAACGAGGUUUAGGAAUUGAGUCGAUUUAAGAAAAUAAACGUAGUUUCCGUUACACACAGUAAACAGGAAGAGAUUUUAGUACAUAUUUUACUAUAGUGUCAAAGAGGAAAUGUCAAAAAACGAUCCAGAAAGAGAAUCAGCUACUUUAGCUGUAGAUACCAAACAGCAGGACCUGACAGAGAACAUAAAAAGCGAUAGCAAAGAACCAUCAGAUUCAUAUACAAAUCAAACUUACAAUACAAAUACAGCACAGGAAAAAGAACUAACUCCAGAAUAUGAGAAUAUAUCGCAAAGAUUAAUUAAAGAUGAACAAGUUCCGUCAACUAGUAAAUCAACAGAGCAUAGCCAUACCAACAGACCUCCAACCGUGUCAUUGGCUGCUAAAAAAGAUGACAUACUUUCAGAAGAAUUAAAACAUCAACCAAAAGAAGAUGACAGUCUUCAAGAAAAAGAAACAAAUAAAGAAAAACCUAAAUCAAGGAUUUCUAGGGGUUUGGAUUCGUCAAGAAAAGUAAUUGCAUGGAUCACAGUAGGAAAAAUUGGCCCGGGAUUUCUGGUAGCGCCAGCAUUGUUUUCAUUAACUAUUCACACAAUGAUGUUUGUACUAGGGAUUAAGUAUUCUGGGAAUUGUCAAACAAAGCCUUUGGUACCGGUAGCUUUGGUUUUGAUUGGUGGAGACGGCAUGUUGAAGUCUUUAUCAUACCUCCUACAGAUUGUCAUUGUUAUCCAAACCAAAAUGAGACGACAUAAAGCCUUCUUGUUUUUAUCCGAAUCUAGCAUUAUAGACAGUGGUCUUAAUUAUCUUUACAUUUGUGCUGUAUUUUUGGGUGCUGGCGCAGUAUUUUCCGGAGAAAUGGCCAUAUGUGAAAUUACGAUCUUUGAAAUUUUAUUUUACUACAUAAUCAUAGCACUAAGCAUCCUGGGAUUAUUGAUAGUAUUAGUUGUAUACAAAGCCAUAAAGCCAAACGAGAUUACAGAUUUUAUAGAUGUUUGGGGAAAUAUUGUAUGAACUUGAGUUACCUCGCGUACAUCGUCUAACGCAUAGCAAUUAAUAACACCGCUACUCGGAAGUCAUUGUUACCUUCCAUAUGUAUCUGAUAUCCUGCCGGUUACCUUAAUCACUGUGUAGCAUCACCACCGGAUAUAGGUACCCCUGGAGCAAAGAAACAAUGAUAGCAAAAAGUACCUAUUCUAAUCCCCGUACAGUAAACAGCUAUUCGCCGUACAAUGUAUCCCUUUAUUUACACGAACUUCUCUGUGUAAACAAUAGUUUAUUUCGAAAUACAGUGUUGUUAAAGCUUAAAUAUGAUAUACCAUUGUUCUACGAAAACGUCAAAUGAAAAGUUGAAGAAUAAAUGUGUUUUUAUCAAGUUUGAACUCGUCACAUGAUUCGUUGAACAGGUACCACCCUAUCCGAUUCUUUCGAUUUUAAGAGAGAGAAAGCCAAUUAAGGAUCAUUAUCAGCCCUAAUAGUAGCUACACUUGGACUAUAUCAAAAUUGACAGAAAAAUGUAGAAUAUAAUGAAAAUAAGAAGAAUUUCACCUUACCUGACUUCACAUUUUUUUUUCCACCGCUUCGGGGGUACAUAUAUCCGGUGAUGAUGCUACACAGUGUAAUUGGCACCUUUCUGAACUUUUGGUCUCGAGUGCUCCUGAUGCAGGUUUUUUUUUCUUUUUGAAAAACAAGUGUUGUACUCAUGAAAAUGAUAUCAUACGUUAAAAUAAAUUCACUUUCAUACGAUUAAAAACAUAUAAAUCCGUUAGAAUCGUAAAACAAUUUGUGCCAAUCGAAAUAAGUUGAAAAAUUCUUUCCUCCGAAUACCUGGGUGGGGACUAAUUAACAAAGGAACUCAAAAGAAAAGUUUAACCCCGCCACAUGUUCCUGUACAUGUGCCAAGUUAAGAACCAUGUCAGUGAUUGUCAUUAAUUGUGAUUGGUGCGUUUGGUGUUGAUAGAAAGUGUAAGUUCAAUUUGUAAAAGAUGUAUGCUUACACAAUGUUGGCUGCUGGAUCGUAGAUAUUGUCACGUUAACCGAUUGUGUCUGUUUGCUCACACAAUUUUGUCAAUAUAACGGAACUCUAUACAACUGUCUCACAAGUGGGAGGUUGUGCUAGCUAUAAAACCAAUUUUAACUCACCAUUUUCUUCGAAAAAUGCCCUUAUCAAGUCAGGAACAUAACAUCUAUAAUUGUCUAGUCGUUAUAUAAUUUUGUUUGAUAUAGUAAAGUUUUUAGUUUUAAUCAGUUUUUAUGGAAUUCCACUUUUUGAAUAUACCUUUGAGUUGGGUAUAUAUAUCAUUUAUUGACACUGACGAAGGCUAUUUGUUCAGUCGAAAUAUUUGUCGACACGAUUUUAUAACAUCAUCUUCGUAUAUUAGUACCGUUGCGCAAAUUUUUUAGACUUUUAUCAUUUUUUCGUUAUUUGCACAAUACCGUCUAUUCUAGACAAUCCUGUACAUAUUAAAUUUGCUGGUUGGUCCUUUUUAUAUACUUCUAUAUUUGAUGUUCUAUCAAUACAUCCUUUUUGGAGACGGUGCGUACAUGUAUUGUGUUGACAUAUUGUAUAAAUACCUAUCAAUUAUAGAAGACAGCGUGUUGAACUCUAAAUGUCUUUCGUGGUGAUUUGCAGUCUCAUUGACGUACAGGUAUAUCCACAAUCUCGAUUUUAUUUAUAUGGAAAUGUCAGAAAUAUUGACAUGCUUUUCAUAUUUAAUAUUCAAAUAAAUUCAUACCUAACUA